GAUUGGCUGUUGCCUGACAGUCUGACAAGCAGACGGAAACAUGGCGGCUCCCAGGACGGCGGCUGAGCUGGAGGCCUCCCGCGGGAAGCGUGCGGCGCUGUCCAUUGCUGUGAUCGCUGCCGUGGUCGGAUUGCCGCUGUGGUGGAAAACAACCGAGACCUACCGAGCCUCCCUGCCCUAUUCCGACAUCAGCCAGCUGGGCCUUCUGAGGCUUCAGCUCACAGUCCCUGUAGAAGUGGUGUUCUCUAAAGGAACAUUGACGGCAGAGCAGCAAAGGAGAAUCCCGGCUUCAGAUGUAAAGGAAAAGGAGACUGUACUGAACACUCACACGACUUUUAACUGCCGCUAUGAGUUCCGAUACAGGAGGACAACCCAAGAGGAGGACGAGCUUUUGUCAUUGCCCACCUUGGCCGAGGCAGAUAGAGCUCUACAGCAGCAAAGUAAAGGAAUCCAGGGAUCUCUGUCCUUGUAUGUUAUACCAGAGAGCACACAGCUUUUUCCUCAGGGAGUCAGUGUCUACAUAGGAAAACAUCGAAGAUCGCUAGUAAAGCUUACUUUUGACCCAUCACUUAGUACUGAAGAAAUCCGCCGUGCCUUGUACAGUAAACUGGACCGUGUCAUUCAGACCAUGUCAUUUACAGAAGAAGCUAUGACUGCUGCGCUGUCUGACAGAAUCUCCACUAAUAGGUUUAAUAAGGAUGACUUUGAGAACAGCAGGAGAGCGUUUAAGUCCAGUCCAGGUUAUGAGAUCACAUUUACCUUACUCAACCCAGAUCCGAAAUCCCAUGACCUGAACUGGAACAUAAGCUCUGCCUCAGACCAGUAUAUCCAGCCAUUCCUGGAUAAGCUGCAGCCAGUCGCUAACUUCUCUGUUGAUUCCCAAAUAUUGUAUUAUGCGAUCCUGGGCGUCAAUCCUCGCUUUGAAAAGGAAACGUCAAGCUACAUCCUGAAUGCCCACAACCUGCCUCACGUCAUUAACCCUGUAGAGGCAAGGCUUGGUUCCAGUGCCGCCUCUCUAUACCCUGUCCUGAAUUUUUUGCUGUAUGUCCCAGAGUAUUUCCAUUCUCCCCUGUACAUCCACGAUAAAGAUGGAAAGAGAGUGACCUCUAAUGCAUUUCACAGCCCCCGCUGGGGUGGUAUCAUGGUGUAUAAUGUGGAUUAUGGAAAUCCAGAUGAUUCGGAAUUUCCUGUUCAUGUUGAUAUUGAUAUGGUGAAAGUGAUGGAGGUUUUCCUGACACAGCUGCGGUUGCUCCUAGGCAUAUCAAAGGUUUGUGCGUCUGACAGCUAUCAAAUAGAAAAUCCAGGGAAUGAAGGACUGACUGACUGGGAACUGGAUAAACUCCUGUGGACGAGAGCCGUGGAAAACAUUGCUACAGUCACCACCACAUUGACCUCUUUGGCUCAGCUUCUGGACCAGAUUGGAAACAUAGUGAUCAAUGAUAACGUGGCUUCAGAAGUAUACAACUCUGUGUCCUCCAUUCAGAUUGCACUGUCAGAACUGGAAGUUGGCAGGUUGGAGAAUGCCUUCAAAGCAAGCAAAGAAGCCAUUACAUCUUCAGAGAAAGCUUUCUUCGACCCCUCAUUGCUUCAUCUUCUGUAUUUUCCAGACGACCAGAAGUUUGCAGUUUAUAUCCCCCUUUUCUUGCCCAUGGCUGUCCCCAUAUUGUUGUCUUUACUAAAGAUUGCCAAGGAUUACAAGCUAAGUAAGAAGGAGCCCAGCAAGACAGACUGAAUGUUACAGUUCUUAGAUAUCAUUCAUUUGAUUCCUCAAGUGAGGAGAGCACUGAGUUCUAUUUAUUAUCUGAAUGUAUCAUGAAUAUUGUAAAUCCAGGGGAGAAAAUCCGUCAUGUGGGGGCGAUGGAAGCUUGUGAACGGCUAAUUACUAAGUAUUGGGCAGUUUCACCUUUCAUAUGAAAUCUGCCCAAGUGGGACUUGUCUUCAUUUGUAUCUUGCUUCUUUUGAGUCUGUCUUAUUUUUGAAAUAUGGGAAAUCUGCAUCCAGUGUUUAAAGGGGUAUUCUGGUUGUAACAUGUUAUCCUGUGGUUAGGGGACAACUAUUAGAUUGGUGGGUGUCCGACUGCUGGAACUCCGAAUGAUCAUGAGAACGGGAACCCGUAGCCCAUGAGGCCCCCGAAAUGAAGAGUGGCAGGUCGGACAUGUGCACUUACAAGAUCCCCAUUGUAUGUAUUAGACCUGUGAUCGUCCAGGACUUGCAGCCACAAAUUGGACCAUGUUAAGGCUGUCUGAAUGAGGCCUAGGAGUGCUAACAGCCUGCAUGCUUAAUCUUGCCGCAGUGUAUUAAGGUGCACUUUAAAAUUCAGAUAAACUUUAUUAAAACCUAUUUUAAAUGUGUUGGAAAUAAUUUUUGUAAUGUACUUGAAUUAUUAUUAUAUUUUUUUACUUUUCCUUGUGAAGUUCAGAUGCCUUUUGUGCUUUACAAUCCGUACACUCAGGUGCCUAUUUCGCAGGGAAAAGUAAAAAAAAAAACAACAAAAGUUCAAGUACAUUACAAAAAUGAUUUGUCUCAUUUAGAUUAGGUUUUAAUAAAGUCUAUCUGAAGUUUAGGUACACUUUAACUAUUCCAUGCCUUUUACCUGUGCUCAUCACAGUGGUUCAUAGGUUAGUGAUGUAAAAGGAGUCAUCUCAGGGAAUAACUUGACUUGUGCUUUGGUUGAAAUCACAAUGUAAAGCAGUACAUGUAAAUAUUAGUUCUGAACUUUAAAUUAAAUGGAUUUUAAAGGGUA